AUGGCCACGAACUCUGCCCAGAAUGCAGUUGCCCAAGUGAGCUACUUGAUGAACAACCCGGACUUGAGAUCCGCAGGUUUGGAGGGUGUUCUCUCGGAUGGCUUCAGCAGCUCUCCGGUGCUGCUCUCCCUGUGCAUUUACAAGGAGCCGCGCUCCGCCAGUCGAAGGAGCAAGCGCUACUGCUUCAUUUGA